UGGGAAGCGGCGGCGUGUAUUGGGGCAGUGAUUACCAUAGUGAUGUUGCUGAAAAACCUGUGAACCACUGUAUACAGAUACGCAUUUUGAAAAACCCUUCUCUGUUGCAGAUUGCAGUGUUGAGUGAAUUCUGCAUAGAAAACAUGACUGUUUUAUUAGGGAAGAGUUUCCAUAGAGUUACUGAGAGCAGGUUGUUCCAGCAAAGAAUGCUGUGUCUAUAUAACAAUACUCAUGGUUUUGAAGAAGAUGAAAUAAAGAAAAAGCUUCAGCAGUUUAUGGGUGGCUCUGUCGACCUUUCUAAAGAAGAUGAUGGGAUUGGAAUACUUACCCUGAACAAUCCAAGGUUUAUGAAUGCAUUUACAGGAACAAUGAUGAUAGAACUACAGGAAAGAAUUACUGAACUGGAAAAUUGGAAGGAUGGAAAAGGACUUAUCAUCCAUGGUGCGGGAAAUACUUUUUGCUCAGGAUCUGAUCUGAAUGCAGUAAGAGCUCUUUCCAACUCUCAGGAUGGGAUGAACAUCUGUAUGUUCAUGCAAAACAUCUUAACCAGACUCAUGAGGUUACCUCUAAUCACAGCUGCAUUAGUUCAGGGGAAAGCUCUAGGUGGAGGAGCAGAAGUAACCACUGCAUGUGAUUUCAGGUUAAUGACUCCAGAGAGUGAAAUUAGAUUUGUCCACAAGCAGAUGGGCUUAGUGCCAGGCUGGGGGGGAGCUGCCAGGCUUACCCAAAUCCUUGGCAGCAGCCCUGCCCUCAAGUUGUUGAGUGGUGCUGUGAAACUGGAUCCAGAGAAUGCCCUUCAUAUUGGCCUGGUAGAUUCCAUCUUGACCUCAUCUGAUGAACUUGAGUCUCUGAGAGAGAUGCACACAUGGCUUGAGCUAUACACAAUGGGCCCUGCUGAAGUAAUUCAGGCUGUGAAGAAAGUUGUUUCAGCAGGAAGAGAGCUACAAUUAGAAGCUGCCUUGAGGAGAGAAAAGGAGAUAUUUGGAACAGUUUGGGGUGGUCCUGCUAAUUUGCAGGCAUUGGCUCAGAGAACAAAACAUAAAUGAGUAAUACAUAAAAGAAAUAGUUUUGAUCUUACUUAGUUCAACUAAAACAGGUGCUGCCAAAGACGACUUGUGGGAAACUUUCCAAACAUUAUGAACUCAGUAGGUCUUAACCUUAUUAGACCAUCCUGCCUGGAAUGCCACUGGCACCCCAUUGACCAUCAACUAAAGGUGCCACCACAGGCCUUUUUUUUUUUUAAAUACUCCCCUCUUCCUCUACUGGUCUUGCCUCUCUUUCUCCAAAGACUCCCACUCAGAUGGUACUUCCUGAUACCUGCAAGCCCCACUUGGAAAUUAAUGUGCAUAAAGUGGCAUGCUUUUAGUGUAAGAACCAUCAGACAGUGUUCCUCAGAAUUUUCAAAUGCUGGCAUUAUGAUGUGCGGCUUGCAUAUAUAGACAUUGUGUUGAGAAGCUGCCUUUUCAGACAGGUUUAGUUGACACUGGUAUCCUCCGCUCUAAAGUCCUGGAGAUGAUCACAAAUAAUUUAUGAUUCCUACACGUCAUACCUUUGAAUAACUAGCUCACUGUGAAUUGAGCCAUUACCCCAAAUUGAAACUGCAAAAAUAUCAAAUACUUUUUCUUUGUUAGCAGUUCUUUCUGGUUAUUUAUAAGCAAAGCUCCUGCCUUCAAGCCUCAUGUCUAACAAAUGGGUUCUUAUUCCCUGAACUUAUUCUCUUGGAGGCAUUCAUUUUCAGUGUGAACUUCUUACCUUCACUCUAUAUAUUUAUAAAGUUGAUGUAAGGAAGAAAUGCUCACUCUGCUGCAUGGCAAAAUUUGACGUUUUCAUAUUCAUGCUACCAUUUGCCACAUUCACUUGCAAUGAAUAAUUACUGAACAUAGACAUCAAAAGUAUGUACGGGGGUGUGCGUGUGACUCUCUUAGGCUGAGAUUCCUACAUAUCUCAUGCUAGAAGUAAAAGUAUCUGCUGUAGCACUCAGUACAUCCUGCAUACUCCUUGUUCAGCUUAUACUAGCUGGUCAGCCAUAAUAGUAUAAGCAGGGCUAUGCAAUGCUUCCGAUGCACUUCCCAAAAGUGCUUUGGAAUACAUGGAAUAGCAAAUGGAGCACCUGUCUGUAACUUUUUACAACAGCAGUUAAUUUUCCCAGGAUAGUGCAGCAAUUGGGUUGUUUUCUGAAGGACCAUUCUGGAAUCAAAUCCAAAGAACUGCACAGCCUUAAAACUAAUCUUUGUGAAUAAGCUUAAAUUGUAAUACCACAUUCCACAAUCUAGGUACCUGUUCAGGCAAUAAUUGAGUCUUUGCUUGCUAGCUGAGACUGGAUACUCAGCACAACCAUAUACAUAUCUACUCUAGUAUCAGUAUAUUCCAUUGAACUUACUCCUAGACUGGUGAGUAUACAUAAGGUUGCAGCUUCACUCUAUAGUCCUUGGAUAUCAGGAAGUUUGAAGUAGUAGAUGAAUUCAUCAACCUAGAUUGCCUUAACAGACCUCUGCUAACCCAUGAUAAUAGCUUUUGCUGAGGAAAAGGAGUUCACUGCUGAACUUACCAUUAAUAAGUAUCUCAUCAUUAUACUUUUCUUGAGAUCAGAGAGAGUAAGUACCCUUCCCAGCUGCAGACAGAAACCUGAAGAAAGUGGCAAGGCUUCUGGAAGUACAAAAGGAAUUUUCACUUCUCUUAGUUCAUCGCUUCAACAAGAUGUGCUACCAGACCAAAAAUCUAACCUUCCCUCUGUCUGGGAAGGAACGAACUACGUCCCAUCAUUCACCAUUCUAAUUAAAGUUGAACAUAUAGCUGAGGAUAUUAGAUCAAUUUGGGAACAUCUACAGCUGGGAUAGAUGGUCUCUUCAAAUCUGCAGACUUGUGUUUAUUGCAGUAGCCUUAGUGAAUCUGUGGAAAUGAAGGCCUGGUGCUAUCUUGUAAGCAGAUUUGAGUAUGUAUUAAUUGCAUACCUACAGGAUACAAUUUACUAGCAGGAAAUGAGAUAUGGGGAGAAUUUUAAAAAAUCAGUUAAGCACAUUUAAUAAUUCCCAUUGAAUCAAGCAUUUUCUUCAGGUAAAAUACAUGAUUGGGAUAUCUGUACUUCUAAUUGGAAUCUGUUGUGCGUCUAGCCUCUCUUAUGAAAUUAUUUCAAAUGAUUUAUAUGGAAUUAAUUAAAAUUUAAUUUUAUUGUGAACCUGAGCAAAAAGUACAAUAAUAUGAAUUAUAUAAUUGUUCAGUACCUAUAAACAUUUUGUUCAAUUCUGUAAAGGAGAUUUAUGGGCAGAAAUAAAUGAUUUAAAUAAGCUGAUUGAUCAAUGGUCCCUGGUUAUUGGCAGGUAGAGUAGGAAUUGGUGCAAUUUGAUAUAAGCCAGAUUUGCUUAUAACAGGGGUGAUAAUUAUGUAUCUGCCGCCUUAAUUUCUUUAAAACUCGGAUGUUGAAUAUCUUGCUCUAUUGCAUAUAACUUUGUAUCUACUCUUAAGAUGUUUAGAAACAGCUCAAACUAAAUGUUUUAAGAGCUAUGGUUCAGGUCUCUUGGUGUGUUAUCAAUCAAAUGCUCUUCCAUGCCUGGAAUACAGACUAGUUUCCAUAGAUGUGCGCAUGAGAUUAUGUUGCUUAAUGUAUGAGUUAAAAUAAAUCUUCAUGGAGAGAACUUCGGCCUCCUUGAUCCUUGUGGAUAAUUUUGCAUCUUCCUGGAAGAAGAUAUAGAAGAAGGAAAGUACAGACUCAGAUUUAGCAUACCUGUGUCUCUCAGUCCAACGUUUUCACCUCAUAGGGUUUAAAAUGUGUUAAUCUAAACAAAAAAACAUUGUCUCUCUGAGUCUAAUGUCCAGGAUAGCUGGAGUACAUCGCUUAUUACUGCAGAGGCACUAACCGUUUAAUAAAUAUUCUGUCCAUUCUGCAUAGAAGAGACUUCUUCCUUACUAGAUAUGUUUUAAAAGUGAUUAUUAAGCCAGUCCCCCAUGUUUUAUUGCAGUUGGUUUUUAAAAAAAAAAAAAACCAAGACUGGCAUUCGGGCCUAAUAACCCCCUUGCUAAUUGUGUGGGCAGGUUGGGUGAGGAAAAUACACAUUUUCUGGUAGCUGACCUGUCUAUAGAAAUAUCCAAAAUAGUCACUAAAUUCUGGUUUAUUGUUAUUGUGGUAAGGUGAUUAUGGAUGUAACUCUGGGAUUGUUACUCUGAUAUGGAUUUAUUCUAUUAAUUGUCUGAAUAAUUUUAUAUUCUUCCUUUCAUCUACAUGCAUUAGAAAUUUGAUUCCUGAACAAAAUAAAUACAUUUACCAGAUUAA